AUGCUCGUGGUACUUGAUGUGAAGCACACAAGAGCGCAGCCGUGGCCGCGCACCUCACCUCAUCGCCUCGCCCACGCAUACAGCUGUCUAAUACCUCGUACAAUGCCUGUGAUUAAUACGCCGUUUUUUAUGGAGCUGUGUCCUGGGGAAGAGCUGAAGCUUGCGCAGGCGCCGUCGGCUGCCCUGUCGACGAGCUCUUCCGCGGCUUCUGCGCACACCACGAAUACGUUCGCGAAGAAUGAGUUUCAUGCCAUGGUGAGCGGGGUUGCCUUCGUGGAGGAGGACGUGGAUGACAAGGGCGCGGCCACCGCGGCUGCCGCGGCGUCCAAGCCGCACCACAAGCACAGCGUUAUUCGCGUCAGCCUGCUUGCACACGUGCAGCCUCCACCGCAGGGCUCUUCGACCGAGCACUUCUUGAAGACGGUGACGCUGGCGAGUUUCAACUUUAGCAGUGACGCCUUCCCCAAUGGCGAUGCAUCCAACGCUGCGUCUUGGGAGCGCCAAGGCAAGGCGAGAGGGUCGGUGUCGUCGCUCCCCUCUACCGUGACGCGAGUGGAGAGCACGGUUCAGUUUCGCUCGCCACUGUUCUUUCACUCGAGCGGGAGCAUCCAGUCCUUGUCGGUCGUUGCUGAGGACAUGGCCACCACGGCCGGCUCCUCGGGCAGCAGCGGAUCUGUAAAGCGCUACCAAGGUCCACGCCGAUUCGGUGUGCGCCUGCUCGGUGUCCAGCGGACAUUCCUGACAGAGGAGCAAGUGCUGAUGCUGGCACAGCGGUAA